AUGCCCGGUCUCUCAACACUUUCCGCGUUCAGCCAUCUCGCCAUCCGGGAGUUGCAUCCAACCUUCGGAGCCGAGAUCAGCGGCAUCGACUUUUCGCGUCCGGUGGAGGGAGAUGUUUUUCAGGAGGUUCUGACUGCAAUCUCGAAGUAUGGCGUAUGCGUGUUUCGGAAUACGGGACUCGACGAUGCACGUCAUGUGGCCUUUGCAGGACAGUUCGGUGAGCUGGACGAUGUGACACCCUACAUAGCCGGCGGCCGAGCGCAUCGACUGUCCGAUGUCCGCCUCUUUGAUGUGGGGAAUAUCGAGCUGGACGGUACGGUGUUUGCGUUGGACAAUGUGCGACGUGAGUGGAACAAGGGCAACGGCCUCUUCCACGUGGACUCGAGCUUCAACCCCCGGCGAGCAGGCUACUCGUUGCUCCGGGCGCAUGAGCUGCCACCCCCUGGGAUGGGUGGGGAUACCGAAUUCGCCGAUGUUCGAACCGCGUUUGAUGAGCUGCCGGCUGAGAUCCAGGACGAGCUACGGCAGCAAAACUAUAUCGCCGCUCACUCGCUCUGGCAUUCACGCAAGGUCGCUGCCCCCGCAACGUUUACCGAUGUGAACCCCGAAGAUUAUCCGAUGAGCCGACACCGACUGUUGCAGCGGCACGAGGCAUCUGGACGAGAGACUCUGUAUCUCGCAGCCCACAUCCACCACGUCGAAGGAUUGGACCCGGACGGGUCCAAGGCACUGUUUGAUCGACUGUUCCAACAUGCGACGCAGUCUCGCUAUGUGCUGCGCAUGGGGUGGGAGCAACCCGGUGACUUAAUCCUGUGGGACAACACCAGCGUCAUGCACCGGGCGGUCGGAGGAAGCUUCGAGGGAAAAUAUCGACGGGAUAUGCGGCGGGCCACGGUGCAUGACGGUAGUGCCUCGGCCUGGGGGUUGAACGAGCGGAGCAACGUGCGGCAGGGUUUGCCGUGA